AAAAAAAAAAACCAUAGUACAGGUUUGUGUGACGAAGGAUUGUUUUCAGCCAGGUCUUACACAAGCAAUUGGAUUCAUGUUAGUAUGCUUUCAAGAAGAGUUCUUACUACAACACCAAAAAAUUCAAUUGAUGGUCCUCUGUUUCUUGUAACAAGAACAACAGCAACACCACCAGCACCUCAUCCUCUUCUUCUUCUCUUCACAACUACUAAAAACAACACUGUCACCAGCAAAAAUGAUCACCAUCAUAGCUAGUACUAGUAGUACUACUAAUAGACAACAAAUCAAUGAACUCCAUCAUUCCUAUUUUUGAAACAACAAGCAGCCCCAGUUCUUUAGUUUACUCUAUUUGCUUCUCAAUUCUUUUUUAUUUUUCUACCUUUGCUCUCAGGUUUUGCACAGAAGUAAGUGCUUCUUGGUGCGUUAGCCAACAACUCGUGCCGUUGUGAUACUUCGGACAAAAAAUUAAAAAAAGAUAACAUACGGUACGCCGAUGAUGUGGAUGCUGUGUCUUCCAUUAUGGUGCCAGUCAGUACAAGUACGUAGUUGCAGUACAGUUCUUACUCUUCAACGACGAAGGUGCACAAAAAAUUCGAAAAAAUUAUGACCGAUGCCGGCGUUAUCGAGUACUGUAACUGUUGACACUCCAUAUCACUUUUGCUGCAUCUUUUCUUAGUCUUUUCUUAGCCGUCGUUAACAACAGAAGGAUACAAAGUAAAAUGAAGACGAAAAAUCCCCGUGCCAAAGUAACCAAUGUAUCUAAGCCUGAAAAGCAUGGGUCAGGGAAAGCCGCGGUUGUGGAUUACCUCGUCACGACUUCCUUCGACGAGGGAUCCGAGUCACUUGUUCGCAGAUCGUUUGAAGAUUUCAAAUGGGUUCAAGAGCGUCUCGUGAAAGAACGGAUGGGAAUGUAAGUUUGUCUGCCGGGUUGUCGUUUUUAUUGAAUGAGUAAUGAUUGUGUUUUAUUUGUCUACGUGAACUAUAUACUGUUUGAUACUUAUGGCGAUGUGAUCUCAAUACUGACCUAAAUUGUAUUUUUGUGCACUCUUCAACAACCCAAAAUGUAGUAUCGUCCCGAUCCUUUCGAAUAAGAAACCCGCGAAAGUUAAGGAUCAAUUCUUUGAGGAAUUCAUCACCUUUCGACAGGAGAAUAUGAACCGAUUCCUUCAACGGGUGAUUCACCACCCCGAAUUGGUCGAUGCGCCGUGUUUGUUGCCAUUCUUCACGUCCAACCCGACGGACUGGAAAACCGCGAAAGAGAAUGCCGCAAACGACAAAGAGUCAUUGAUGAAGGAAAAUACCACCAGCAAUGGUGGAGCAGAUGAUUUAGGGGAUGCCCUAGAAACGAUUCACGUCGAUGUAGAUACAGCAGUCCACGGCUUGGGUCUCGAGGAACAGAAGGGCACGAUGAGGAGAUGGUUUUCCGCGAAGCGGACCGAGUGGGCAUUGAAAAAUCAGAAUCUGAUACUUGAAGAGACACCCGCCGAAGCAAAGAAAUUUACCGAUAUGAAAACAUAUGCCAGCCACUUGGAGGUAUGUGUGAGGAUCCUCAGCGAGGAUUACAAAGCAAUACUUUCCUCCAACAAGGUCCUGGCCGAGAAAACGGGUACGAUCGGGGCUGCCUUUGCACAACUAUGGGGGGAACACGAACUCUCGAAUACGAGUAGCAGCAAACUUUAUCAGGGCCUCGGCAAGGUUUGGUCCAAUGUCAGCCUUCGCAUCAAAAAUCACGUUGUCUUCGGAGAACGCCAUUUUGAAAACCCGAUUGACGAUUUGCUUCUGGACGUCAUUGCAUUGCAAGAUGCACUGAAAAAGCGCAAGGAAGCAGUGUACGCGUACACAAGACUCUCCAAAGAAGGACAAAAGCUUAACAAACAACUGGAUAGAAUAAGAAUGGCGGGAAACAUGGUAAGCCAGCAGGACAAAUAUUACAAGUUGGAAACGGCAAUGCGCCAUUGCGAUAACAGGAUCGCUGAGAGCAGAAACCAUAGCGACCUCGUCACCACGAGACUGGAACGAGAUAUCGAACGGUUCCGUGUGGAAUGGCACGAACGCAUGCGACAUGUAUUGAAUGUCUUUCACAAACAACAAGUGGAAUUUUUGCAGAGCCAGGUGAACGACUUCUCUUCGGUCCUUCCCGAGCUAGCGGCGAUGGAUUCGAAACGGUCUGAUCUAGCUUCGGAAGAUUCACCAGAACCCGAAAAGAUGGGCAUUAAUUUGUCUUUUGGUUCGAGCGGUGCGAAAGCAUCGAUUGGAUUGGUAGGAGCACCUGCGAAUCCUCCACCGCCCCCCCCCGACGAAGAAUUAUCGCCACCGCCUGUGCCCCUCGACGACGAUAAGCCUCCCGAUACCCCGGUCAUUUCUCUGAAUGCGUCGUUCUCAUCCGAUGAUGGUUUUGAUGCAGCGCCGGCAAUGGGUGGAGACUCGACAGUAUCGGAUGAAACGGGCACACAUAGUAAGCCCAUUGUCACGUCCGUAUAAUCUUAUAAUCAGGGAAGGAAAGUUCAAAAGAAACCAAUAUUUGUCUUCUAUGCUCCAUACAAGUACAUGUACAAUAAGUUCUGUACCUUUGCAGUCUAUAUAUUUUUGAAUAGUCCAAAAAAGGCUAUAGGUUUAG